UAAAAAAAAUUAUAAGGACUUGUUGGGCUUAUUAUUUUAGGGAAAAAAUAAAAAGCAAAAUGACCAAAAUUUUGUCUAAAUUAAAUUGCAAUAGGGGGAUACAAGGAGAAUUGGACGAGAAAAUAGUCGAGGAUCUGGAUCCGGCCAUUCGUUUGCCUCAAUUGAAACAAAAAAAUCAGAGACUGAUUUUGUUUUUUUUUUGAAACACUAGAUUUGUUCAGAUUCGCGAUUUAGGGUUCUUUUUCUCCUCGCCGUUGUUGCUGCUGCCGUCUACGUUCCUCGUCGCCGGUGUUAUUGCCACCGCAUUCGUCGCCUGUGCUGCCGCCGCCGCCGUAGAUCGGAUGAGUUGUUAUCGCUUCAAUUUCGUGAUCUCCCUCCAACGUUCAUUUUCGGAGAACCUAGACCCCUUUUAUGAACGAUAAACGACGACGCAUAACGCAUUGCAUACUGAUUCAAGAAGCGAAAUCGAGUGGAAAUGAAGUCAAGAAGAAACGUUAAUUACACGCGUCUUGCUGUUAACGAAGACACCAUUGGUUUGACAUGUCAGCAGAAUGAAAACACAUUUGACCCUCGGUUUGACAUGUCAGCAGAAUCCUCAGACAAAAUCCCAUGGAAAUCAAUUGGACUUGCGGUUUUUCUUCUGGUGUUUGGAUGCAUUCUCCUUAUCCUUUCAUUAUUCGUCUUCACAGGCCACAUGGGUGGAGACAAAUCCCAAGCGUAUGGCCUUUUAGGACUUGGGACACUCACUUUUCUACCAGGGUUUUACGAAACUCGAAUUGCAUAUUAUUCAUGGAGGGGUGCACAAGGGUAUCGUUUUGCAGCAAUUCCUAGUUACUAGCUAUAUUUUAUAUAUCAUAAUCUCAACAUGUUUUUGUUUGGCUGUAUAUACAUCGUGCUUUUUAAGUGAUGUACAAUUUUGAAAUUUUACAAGUCGAAGAAAUUUUGGUUUUGUGGUUGGAUA